AUGACGGCGGUGCUCUUGCCAUCACUUGUUCUCCACACUUCUGUAGCCUUCUUGCUACAGCUACCAACAAUAGCUGCUGCUUCCCAAACAACAGAGCCGCCUGAACAACAAGGCUGCAGCUCGCCCAAGGCAUGCGGGAGCCUGAACAUCUCGUACCCAUUCUGGCUGGAGGAGCCAGGGCGGCCGCCGUGCGGGUCGCCGUCCUUCCAGCUCAAGUGCAACAGCAGCGGCGCGUUCCUGAGCCGCUCCAUGUUCCAGGCGUACCGGGUGGUGAGCAUCUUCUACCAGAACAGCUCCCUGCAUGUGGUGGACGAGAACCUGCCCCUCGCCGUCGGCUGCCCGACGCCGUGCUUCAACCUCUCGCUCAGCAUGGGGUUCAUGCCGGCGUUCGCCAUCAGCAGAGCAAACAGCGAGCUGCGGUUCCUCUCCCGGUGCGACGAGCCGGUGCCGGAGGCUGUGCCUGGGUUUCAGCGCAUGCCUUGUGACAACUACUCGUUCGUCGGGUUUAGAUGGCGGUUCGGAAGAAGCUACGGCGGCAGAGAGCACGGGGCAACACCGCCGCCGGGCUGCCUUGUCGCUGUCGUGCCGACUCUCCCGGCGACAGACCAGGACAGCAGGCACAACUACGUCGCGAGCUUGAGGAGUGGGUUUCUGCUGGAGUGGACGGUGGUCUCAGGGGAUUGCUCCAAGUGCACUGCAAGCGGCGGGGAAUGCAUGUACCCUGACAACGGCCUGGGUUUCUCCUGCAACUGCCCCGACGGCAUACAUUACCCAGUGAACUGCGGAGGAAGCAACACCAAAAAGGUAGUCGGAAUUGGUAUCAAUGGGACUGGCAUGAAGAUAGCAAUAAUAGUUUCGCUUUCAGUAGCUGUAAGCUUGCUCCUACCAUGUAUAUAUGUGUUGGUAUGGCAUAGGCAAAAACUAAUGUUUUUCCUAUGCAAGAAGACUAGCAACACCAUAGAAGAGAACAUUGAGGCCCUAAUAUUAGCACAUGGAUCACUUGCUCCAAAAAGAUACAAGUACUCAGAAGUAACAAAGAUAACAUCCUCCCUUAAUAAUAAGCUUGGGGAAGGUGGUUAUGGCAUGGUUUUCAAAGGAAGGUUAGAUGACAGUCGUCUAGUUGCGGUGAAAUUCCUGCAUGACUCCAAAGGUGAUGGCGAUGAGUUUGUUAACGAGGUUAUAAGUAUUGGCAGGACAUCACACAUUAAUAUUGUUAGCUUAUUUGGGUUUUGUUUGGAAGGCUCAAAGCGGGCCCUAAUAUAUGAGUAUAUGCCAAAUGGUUCUUUGGAUAAGUACAUAUACUCAGAGAAUCCCAAGGCAGUUUUAGGAUGGGACAAGCUCUAUACCAUAGCAAUUGGGAUUGCUCGAGGGUUGGAAUACUUGCACCAUAGUUGUAAUACACGCAUAGUCCAUUUUGAUAUCAAGCCUCAAAAUAUCCUUCUGGAUCAGAACUUGCACCCAAAGAUUGCUGAUUUUGGUUUGGCCAAGUUAUGUCAUACCAAGGAGAGCAUGCUUUCUAUGACUGGUGCUAGAGGUACACCUGGGUUUAUAGCUCCUGAAGUGCACUCUCGAACCUUCGGAGUUGUUUCAACAAAAUCAGAUGUUUAUAGUUAUGGAAUGAUGUUGCUAGAGAUGGUUGGAGGCCGAAAAAAUGUUAAAUCAGUGGCUCAAGAGUCAAGUGAAAAGUAUUUUCCACAUUGGAUUUAUGACCACUUUGGUCAAGAGGAUGGAUUAAAGACAUGUGAAGUAACACGUGAAAACGAAGAAAUCGCCAGAAAAAUGAGUGUGAUUGGCCCAUGGUGCAUUCAAAUAUUACCAAUGCAUCGUCCUACCAUAGGAAAGGUCUUGGAAAUGUUCGAGAGAGGUUUAGAUGAACUGGACAUGCCACCAAGGCAAAACUUCAGUCAAAUAUUGUAA